UAGGUAGUUCGUUGAAGCUCCUAGUAUUUUAUUGACAGGCAGUUGUGGUGCUCGUUGUUCUCAUCACAUUUGUUUCCUUGUUCGUCUAGUUACAAAAGAUCUUUGUUUUGAUUGAAAGAAAAGGUUAUAAAUGUCAAAAGUCAGAGAAAAAUGUUUUUGUUAUAAAAAGUAUGUUAAAAAAUUAAAUAUGAUCAUAUUAUACAAAUAAAACCAAAUACUACAUGGAUAAUUCUAGUCAUUUUUAAUGUGUACAACGUAUGUUUCGUUAGAUUAAUAUUGUGAUUUAUAAACGAGAUGUCUUUACCUGGUCUUCCUCCUUUACCUAAAAGCCUCAGCGGUUUCAAACUAUCAGAAUUCCAAUCUCAGUUACCACCGACGCCUGUCAGAACUUCGUCAAUCCGUUCGACAUCGUCGCAACAUUCCUCCAAUUCCAUGAUAUACGAAUCAACCAUUCAAUUCAUACCAGUGGGUAACAGUUCACGAAAAGCCACCAACUUAGAAACAAAACUAUCAAUUUUAAAGCAAGAAAUGUACAACCUCAGGCAGCUAGAUUUAUCGCUACUAUCGCAAUUGUGGGCGCUAAACGAAUCACUGCAGGAGUACAGGCAAAUGUUGCAAGAACAGGAAGAUCGAGUGUUGUCACCUCCAUCGCCCUCACCUACACCUUCUUCAGGGGAAGAUAUUGAAGAGGAGUUUUAUAUGUCUGCCACGUCUUUGAGUUUUAGAUCGUCAGCCCAAGUUAUUCCUGGCAGGAGGACGAGUAAUUCUUCAAAUACUUCCAGUUUAGGUUAAUUACUGUGGUAUUUAGUGGUAGUGGAUGGCAUUUUAAUUAUGAUACCGUUUUACAAAGCAUUCCAAAUAUUGUGUAUAAGAUUUAAG